CCGUCAACAGUAGUAGAAAAACUGGCGGUCAAUUGAAUAAGUGAGACCAAGAGCAUACGAUUGAUAGAAACGCGAGAUACAAUCGGAUAGAUAGGAAGCGGAAGAAGACAUGUUAAUACAUAAGGUGUGGGGUGCCAUUGCCUUAACAAUAUGUUUGCAAAACUUGGUUAAUGCUGCUGGAAUUUGCGGAAAUGCUACUAUUCGAAAACAUUGGUCCGACUGUCGGAAGUUUGUCGAAUGUGGAGAAUCUAAUACAAUAGUUUUCCAGUGUCCAGAACGAAGUUAUUUCAAUCCAGAAACACUGGUGUGCGAUUUUUCAAUGUACGCAGAAUGCGUGGUAGAUCAUGAGGUCGACGAAAAAUUCUUUGCAGAACAAAGAAUGUUUGAGUCUGCACCAGGAACUCUUGUAACGAUUGCAACUUGUAACGAGCAUCCAUUGGGAGCCAAGCUGUCGCAUCCAGACUAUUGUAACAUGUUCUACCACUGUUCUCCUUCUGGUCCAAUUCUGUUCGAGUGUCCAGCAAACUUACACUUCUGUCCGAAACGACUAGUAUGCAAUUGGCCGCAGUUCGUUGAUUGUGUGGGGCAAGAUACUCCAGGACCAAUUAUACCACCAGGGGAUGGAAGCUGCCCAGCAAAUUGUAUUCCAGAUAAUCGCUGUCCUAUUGAUUGCUAUCCAGACCUGCACUCAACUGUACUUCCACACCCUAGCAGAUGUGAUGCAUUCCUUCGCUGCAGAGCGGGGUGCGCUUGCUUCGAAUACUGCGCGCCUGGCUUAUACUGGAGCACCUUCCUCGGGCGCUGUGUCGAACGAUAUCGAUCUGAAUGUGACGAUGUCGUAAUACCUGAUUGUCCCGAGUACAACUGUGUACCCAGUGAACUCUGCCCACCGAUUGACGAUCCUGAUAAUCCUAUUCGGUUCCCUCACCCCGAAAGAUGUGAUGCAUAUAAGAAAUGUUUUAGUGGUCAAGCAUGUACGAUCGAAUGUCCUGAAGGAUUGGAAUUUAAUCCAGAAAUAGGAGAGUGUGAUAUUUCAUGGGGAUGCGAAGUGACGCCGUCGACUCCAAUACCAACAACACCAGAUGCCACUGAACUACCUACUACGGAACCUCCUAUCACUCAACCACCCACUACACAACCUCCUAUCACACAACCACCCAUCACUCAACCACCCACCACUCAACCACCCAUCACUCAACCACCCACCACUCAACCACCUAUCACUCAACCACCCACCACUCAACCACCCAUCACUCAACCACCCACCACUCAACCACCCAUCACUCAACCACCCACUACACAACCUCCCAUCACUCAACCACCCACUACACAACCUCCUAUCACUCAACCACCCACUACACAACCUCCUAUCACUCAACCACCCACUACACAACCUCCUAUCACUCAACCACCCACUACACAACCUCCUAUCACUCAACCACCCACUACACAACCUCCUACCACCCAACCACCCGGUACUCCUCCUCCAUGCCCAAUAUGUCCUCCAGGCAUUUGCAAGCCUGAUGACAGAUGUCCGAUCGACCCUUGCCUUGAAUGUAAUCCCGUUUUUCUACCACAUCCUGAUGAUUGCGAAAAGUUCCUUAAAUGUACCCACGGAUAUGCAUGUGAAAUGCAGUGUCCACCAGGGCUGCAUUGGAGCAGUGCCAUGAGUCGUUGUGAAUGGCCAGCAAAUGGUGAUUGUGCUGGAGGUGGUAUUCCUGAUGAACCACCCGCGGACGUUGGGUGCCCGUUCGAUGAUAGGUGCAUGCUGUUUGAGUUCUAUAGAGAUCCCAUAUUGUUACCAUAUCCGAAUGAUUGCACAAAAUUCGUCAGUUGCAUCAGUAGUCAGCAUGGAUGCGUAAAGGAUUGUCCUGGUGGCCUCCACUGGAGCAUUUCGCAUAACCGAUGCGAGUGGCCGAAUCGUGCCGGAUGUGAUCCAACGAUUCCUCCUGAAGAUGAUUGCCCUACUUGCCCCUGUAUUCCGUGUCGGCAAAGACAAGACCUUCAUCCUUGUGUAGAGAAUAGCUACUGUUCACAGAAUUUCAAUACUACUCUUAGCCUCCCGUAUCAGAAGCAGUGCGAUCGGUUCUACAAGUGCUUGAAUGGAUUUGCCUGUCUACUUGAUUGCCCAGAUGGUACCCAUUACAGUUCACAGAGUCAACACUGUGUAGAUCCAAACAUUGCUAAGUGCAACUUGAAUUAA